UCGUGAAAAGCUUUCACCCAAUAAAAAAAAUAACAAUGUUACGUCACAUGAAGAUCUUUGAAAAAGAGACAUAAAAGCCAAUUCAAUUUCAAAAAUUCACGACUUUCAAUCAUUCCUUGGUUAGACCUAUUGGUCUAAUCUCCGGCAUUCUCCGGCAUUGCUUCCGCAGUUUAACAGAUGUCUCAACUCCGGCAAAAAUUCUGACAAUAGCCACGCCCAUGUAGGCAGAGAGAUCGAGUAAGGGAUUUGUCAACUACAAUUUCUUGUUGACAGAGAUUCUAUGGGUUUUGAAUAAUCUCCAGUGAUGAAAAGGAUAAAUUCUUCAGUCCUGUUAGUGGGACUUGCGUGCCUAUGUUGCUGGGCGGCCAUGACAGAAGCAAGAUUAUCUAGACAGCACAGGAAACUGUACAUGGCAUACAAAGACCCUAGGCAGCCAAUUGAGACUCGAAUAAAUGACCUUAUGGAUCGAAUGACACUAGACGAGAAGGUUGCUCAAAUGGCGCAGCUGGACCAUGGUAGUGUCACGGAGGAGCUCAUGAAGGAACACAACAUAGGAAGUGUACUGAAUGGGGGAGAGAGUUUGCCAAGAGUUGGACUUACUGCGUAUGAAGACAUCGACAUGAUCAACAAGUAUCAAAAUUGGUCACUUCAAAGCCGGCUUGCAAUCCCUAUGAUUUAUGGCAUUGAUGCCGUUCAUGGCCACAAUAAUGUCUACAAGGCCACAUUGUUCCCACAUAAUGUUGGACUUGGAGUUACCAGGGAUCCAGAUCUUAUGAAGAGGAUAGGUGCGGCAACUGCUGCUGAAGUUAAAGCUACCGGCAUUCAAUAUGCAUUUUCACCAUGUGUUGCGGUCUGCAGAGAUCCAAGAUGGGGUAGGUGUUAUGAAAGUUUUAGCGAGGAUCCCUCCAUUGUAAGACAAAUGACUGAAAUAAUAGCCGGAUUGCAAGGCGAAGUCCCAGCUGAACAGAAGGGCCAUCCUUACAUUGGUGGAAAGGAGAAGGUAGCUGGCUGUGCAAAGCACUAUGUGGGAGAUGGUGGCACCACCAAGGGAAUCAAUGAGAACAACACUGCCAUUGAUCGGAAUGAACUGUUGAAGAUCCACAUGCCUGGUUACUUGGACUCUAUUGACAAGGGUGUGUGCAGUAUCAUGGUUUCAUACUCUAGCUUGAAUGGGGUCAAGAUGCACGCUAACCAUGACCUUGUCACCAACUAUCUCAAGGACACCUUGAAGUUCAAGGGUUUUGUCAUCUCCGACUGGCAGGGUCUUGACAAAAUUACCUAUCCGUUCCAUUCGAAUUACACAUACUCGGUUCUUGCUGGUGUUACAGCAGGUCUUGACAUGUUCAUACUUCCCUUCAACUAUACAGAGUUCCAUGAUAUUGUACUCGACCUUCACUCUAAAAACCUAAUAUCCGACAGCCGCAUUGAUGAUGCAGUGUAUAGGAUACUGAGGAUUAAGUUCAUAAUGGGUCUGUUCGACAACCCCAUGGCUGAUUAUACCUUCGUUGACCGGCUUGGAUGCCAGGCUCAUCGAGAUCUGGCAAGGGAGGCAGUAAGGAAGUCACUUGUUCUUUUGAAGAACGGAAAAAAACCAAACACACCGUUCCUACCUCUCCCUAAAAAGGCCAAUAGGAUCCUUGUUGCCGGAACUCACGCAAACAAUUUGGGAUAUCAAUGUGGUGGUUGGAGUAUCACUUGGCAAGGAGUAAGUGGCAAUAACAACACUGUUGGAACCACGAUUCUAGGUGGCAUCAUAGCUACAGUUUACGCGACAACAGAAGUUGUGCACAGUUUAAAUCCAGAUCCUAAUUUUAUCAAGGCAAGCAACAUUGACUAUGCCAUUGUUGCUGUUGGUGAACCCCCUUACGCAGAGACGAAAGGGGAUAAUUUGAAUUUGACCAUUCCAGAACCAGGCCCAAGCAUCAUUAGCAAUGUCUGCAGCGUAGUCCAGUGUGUUGUUAUUGUUGUCUCUGGCCGUCCUCUUGUGAUUGAGCCCUAUCUUCCAAUGAUCGAUGCCCUUGUGGCUGCAUGGCUACCUGGAACUGAAGGCCAAGGAGUUGCUGAUGUUCUUUUCGGGGAUUAUGGAUUCACUGGAAAGCUUGCUAGGACUUGGUUCAAGAGAGUAGACCAGCUCCCUAUGAAUGUUGGUGACAAAAAUUAUGAUCCCCUCUUCCCCUUUGGUUUUGGAAUCACAACUGAACCACAUAUGAGUUAUUUAAAAAGUGCAUCUGUCGGGAGAAAACUAAGGACCAGAAAGCUAGUGUUGUUGUGCAAGAUGGUAUUACUCAUCACCCUCCAAAUAUGUGGUUGCUUCCGCACAUAAGCGAAGGAAUAUUUUCUUUGGUACUCUUUCUCUUUUGUAGGAACAUUUUGUCAUGAGAUUGUUAUAAAGACAUGUUUUCCCUUCACAUCAGGUUAUUGUAUUGACUUAUCUUAAAAAAGAAACAUUAUACUA